GGCGUGCCCCGGUCUAUCAGACCCAGCGCUGGGCGCCGGUUAAGACCCACCUCUGCGUCGCCGGUGCCAUGGAGGCGCCGGUGGAGCCGGAAGUCGAGAAUGAGGACGACGAGAGCAGCUUCGGGGAUCUGUGUUUCAUGGACAAAGGCCUGCGGAGCAUAUCAGAGUUAUCUUUAGAUUCAGCCCUUCGUGCUAUCAAUCUUCAUUGCAAUAACAUCUCGAAGAUCAAAGCCAUGGAUCACAUUUGGAAUUUACAGCAUCUAGAUCUGUCAUCUAAUCAAAUAAGUCAAAUUGAAGGACUAACAACACUGACAAAACUACGUACUUUAAACUUGUCCUGCAAUUUGAUCACAAGAAUAGAAGGACUUAAAACACUAACUAAUCUGACUAGACUGAAUUUAUCUUAUAACCACAUAAAUGAUCUUAGUGGUUUGAUGCCCCUUCAUGGAAUUAAACAUAAACUUAGAUAUAUUGACCUACAUAGUAAUUGUAUAGAUAGUAUCCAUCACCUACUUCAGUGUACGGUAGGAUUGCACUUCUUGAGUAAUCUUAUUUUGGAGAAAAAUGGAGAAGAUAAUCCUGUCUGUCAUUUACCAGGGUACAGAGCAGUUAUGCUCCAGACUUUGCCACAGCUUAGACUCCUAGAUUGUAAGAACAUAUUUGGUGAACCAGUAAAUAUGGCAGAAAUAAGCUCAUCACGCCUACAGUGCUUUGAAGGUCUUUUGGAUAAUUUAGUUUCUUCUGACUCUCCCCUAAAUAUAAGUGAAGAUGAGAUCUUUGAUGGUAUGCCAGUGGUAACACCACCUAUCGAUGAGGUAGCUCCCUUGGAUCACUUUGCAAGUAUACCAGCAGAUACUGGUUUGACAUCCUCUAUAUCUGUGUGUCCUUCGUCUGAGCCAGAGAAAGUUAAUAAUGAAAAUGAUUAUCAGAAUGAGAUGAAACUUCAGAAAUUAGAUGACCAAAUUUUACAGCGUCUCAAUGAAACUUCCAAUUCUUUAAUAGAUAAUGUUCCUGAGAAAGAUCUCAGACCAAAAAGAGACACGGAUGUGACUUUUGAAAGUGACUAUGGAAACAGAAAAGAAAGCAAUAGAAAAAUUCCUCGAAGAUCAAAAAUCCCAUAUUAUUCCAAAACUAUUCAAACUGUUAAGCACCACAGUAAAAACAACAAUGCUUUUAUAAGUUGUAAUCGUAAAAUAAAACAACCUUUCUUUAAAGAAACAUCAUCUUUAGUGAACAAUAAUAUAUUAGAAGAAUCAGAAAAUCAGAAGACUGAAAUAAUUAAAGUAAACAACGGUAGCUCAGAAAAUGCCACUUACCGGGCACUUGUUGAGGAACUAGACCAAGAGAGAGAGAAGAGAUGGAAAGCUGAACAAACUGAAAAGAAACUUAUGGAUUAUAUUGAUGAACUGCAUAAACAUGCAAAUGAAAAAAAAGAUAUUCAUAGCCUGGCUCUUCUUACUACAGAUAGGCUAAAGGAAAUUAUUUUUAAAGAGAGAAAUUCCAAACUACAACUCGAAAUUAUGGUUCACAGACUUCAAAAUGAAAUUAAAAAACUAACUAUUGAAUUAAUUAAAGCAAGAGAUCAACAAGAGGAUCACGUUAGACACUUAAGAACCCUGGAAAAAGCAUUAGAAAAAAAGGAGAGACAAAAAGGGCAACAGCAAGCAGCACAGAUGCAACUUAUCCAAGAGGUGGAACUCAAAGCCGCAGCCGCUGAUAGAGAAAUAAACUUACUUAGAACUUCUCUUCAUCAAGAAAAGGAACAGGUGCAACAACUGCAUGAACUUCUUGCACUGAAAGAACAAGAACACAGGAAAGACCUUGAAACAAGGGAGUUUCUUAGUGAAGCUGAGUUCCAGGAAGCCUUAGCUAAAGAAAUUGCUAAAGAAGAGAGAAAACAUGAACAAGUUAUAAAAGAAUACCAAGACAAAAUUGAUGCAUUAAACCAACAGUAUAUGGAUUUAGAAAAUGAAUUCCGAAUUGCUUUAACUGUUGAAGCCAGAAGAUUUAAAGAUGUUAAAGAUGGUUUUGAAAAUGUCACAGCUGAAUUAGCAAAGAGCAAGCAUGCUCUUGUUUGGGCUCAACGAAAAGAAAAUGAAUCUUCCUCUUUAAUUAAAGAUCUAACCAGUAUGGUGAAGGAACAAAAAACAAAACUGGCCGAAGUUUCUAAAUUGAAACAGGAAACAGCAACAAAUUUACAGAAUCAAGUCAACACACUUGAAAUUUUAAUUGAAGAUGACAAGCAGAAGAGUAUUCAAAUAGAACUUCUCAAGCAUGAAAAAAUGCAGCUUAUUUCCGAACUAGCAGCCAAGGAAUCGCUAAUUUAUGGUUUAAGGACAGAAAGAAAAGUAUGGGGACAUGAGUUGGCACAACAGGGAUCUUCUCUAGCCCAAGAUCAUGGGAGACUAGAGGCUCAAAUCGAAAGUUUGUGUAGGGAGAAUGAAUCUCUGCGAAAGGCAAAUGAACGUGAUAAUGACACAUUAAGAAUUAAGUGCAAAAUCGUAGAAGACCAAACUGAAACCAUUGGAAAAUUAAAAGAAUGUUUACAGGAAAGAGAGGAACAAAUCAAAAUUUUACACGAAAAGAUCACUGAAAUACAAAAAUGUACCCAAGAACAACUUGAUGAAAAAUCUUCACAACUGGAUGAAAUAAUUGAGAAACUAGAAAGAUACAAUGAAAGAAAAGAAAAACUAAAACAGCAGUUGAAAGUAAAGGAAUUAGAACUUGAAGAAAUUAGAAGAGCUUACAGUACACUUAAUCAGAAGUGGCAUGGCAAAGGAGAGCUUCUGUGUCAUCUUGAAAUGCAAGUAAAAGAAGUGAAAGAAAACUUUGAAAACAAAGAAAGGAAACUUAAAGCAGAAAGAGACAAAAGUAUUGAACUGCAAAAGGAUGCAAUAGAAAAGCUUCACAGUAUGGAUGAUGCCUUUAAAAAACAAGUUGUUGCAAUUGUUGAAGCUCAUCAAGCUGAAAUAAUCCAGCUGGCAAGUGAAAAGCAGAAAUGUAUUGAUUCUGCAAAUUUAAAGGUUCAUCAAGUUGAAGAAGAAAUGCGUGGACUUCUGGAAGAAACAUGCAAGAACAAAAAAGCAAUGGAAAUAAAAAUUAAGCAACUUGCUUUUGCUCUAAAUCAAAUUCAGCAAGAAAUGUAAUGGUUCUGAGAAUGGAUUGAAUUGAAAUGAACCAGCAGACCUAUUGUAAAAAUGAUUAAAUAUUGUGAUAGUAGUAACUGCUAUGACUUUGAAAUGUCUCUUUCUACACAUUUCAUUCUGAUUAUAUUUUAAAAGACUUGAUCAAGUAUUUAUUAAUUGUAUA